AUGGCCCCGCGGCCGCUGACGACGACGACCACCUACACCCUCGCACACACCGCGCAGUGCAAGUUGAAAAUCGCCGCGAACCGUCCUGACCGGAAUUUGCGAUUCGUGCUGGGCCAUGCCUUCACCCUGGACAAUCUCAUGGUCCGCAUCGUCGAGAUAGAGAAUCAGAGCGCCAAAUCCGUCUUUCAGGAAGGCAAGCCGCCCAGCGACCACGGGCACGAACACUUCGACUGCACAGCGCAACAACCCACCGCGCCCGAGCCCGAAGCGAGGGGUCGCCGAGUCAGUUUCCAUGACAACAAUGCCCGCCCUUCGAGCACCGCGGGCGUCGCCGCCAACAACCGUCCCAGCGGCACGUCGUCGCCGGCGCGCAAACGAUCUCCGCCGCCCGUGACCGUGACGCACAAGUACAUCGACGAAGAGCAGGACGAUGACGACACAUCCUCAGAUGACUAUGACGACCCUCAAGUUUACGAGUAUGAUUGCGCCGCGGCAGACCCUGAGACGGACGAGCCGGCGACGAAACAGAGGCCCGUCCACGACGCUUAUUCCGACGAAGAAGACGCGGCGCUCGAGCUGGCCGACGACGAGCUCGACGAUGACAACAUGAACGACCUGUCGCUCACGCGCUUUGGCUCGGCCGCCGCGCAGCCGCCACGCAUGGUACGCUCCGAUUCUUCGUCGGACGAGGAGGACAAGGAGGAGCCAGUCACGCCGCCCCAGCUCCCCGCCGACCUCGACAUCCGAGAAAUCAUCGACGGCGAAAAGGACGGGGAACUGACGGACCUAUACGAGAGCGUGCGAAGGUGUAGGUGCCACGGCAAGAGGGAGGAUCCGGAGAUCGGGGGUCCACCGCAAGGCGUCUGGGACGUGCCCGUGGAGAAAACUGGAGGGAAGCACUUGGCCUUGGUGGCUGUUGCUGCUUGA